AUGAAAAGAGCAAUCGAAAAAUGUUGGCGUGAUUCUGCUUCGCUGAUAGUGCUUGCUAAACGGAAUAUAGAUGGUUUAUCGAGUGGGAACACUGGUGAUAGUAACUACGAUAUCUUGUUGCAGACUCGGACGUUUGACGCAUCUUUCUCGAACGGUGUUGUGUUUCCGGGCGGUGUUAAAGAGGAGGCGGACGCCAGUGAACGUUGGCUUCACCUCCUCGGCUCUUUCGGCUUCGAUCAGAGUGACUUCGAAACACUGCAUCGAGCUGGUGCCCCAAUUACUCCUAUUUUUGCAGAUAACCCUAUAAAAAGACACAUUGCAUUAAGGAUAACUGCAAUAAGAGAAACAUUUGAGGAACUCGGUUUGCUUAUCUGCAGCUCUAAACAUAAAACAUCGAAAAUUGAUUAUUGGGCGAAUUUUAUAUCAGACAUUGAUUUAAAAUAUUGGCAAAAAAGGGUGAGUGAAAAUCCCUCAGAGCUUCUUAAUCUUUGUAAAGAGUACAACUGCUACCCUGAUAUAUGGAAUUUACACUAUUGGAGCAACUGGUUAUCUCCUGUUUUAUUACCAAAGAGGUUUGAUACAGCAUUUUUCAUAGCUGCAUUGGAAAACAAACCAACACACAUCAAAGCUAACUCUGAAGUGCAUAAAGUUGAGUGGGCCAGUCCUCAAGACACUUUAGAAAGAAAUAGAAGAGGAGAAGUGGAAUUAUACCCACCUCAAAGCUAUGAAUUGAAUCGAUUGUCAUACUUUAAAGACAUUGAGAAAUUAAAUAAUUUUGCUAGAGAAAGAAGCAGCCACGGUGAUGAAUUGUUUUAUCCUGUUCGUAUACGAGCUAAAGAUGGCAUUGUGUUCCUCUUACCAGGUGACUACCUCUAUCCAUCAAAUGUAGACCUGAACAGUACCACAGUCAUAAAAGAAGAUAAAACUGUAAUAUCACUCAGAGAAACUGGUCAGACACUUCAUCGUUUUGAAACAGAUUUGAAGAAAAGUGUUAUUGUAAGACAAAACUACAUACCAAAAAAUCAUAUCAACAUGGGCGACCAAGUGAUCCCUGCUUUUAUUAAAAUUCAUACACAAAAUUAAAUAAUCUUAUCCUUGCCUUAGUCAUUGGCCUUACUAGUAGUACAAAUUGUAAAACUAUUU